AUGAAUCAGGAGAAAAAAGCAGAAGCUAAUACCUCCUUAAAUAAAAAAAAUCCAGAAGUAGAAUUCUUUACACCAAAGUCAAAUUUAGCCCAUGAGUGUGUUAGCAGAAAUGUAGCAUUCGACAAUUUAUACAAAUAUGUCAAAACAACUGUUACAGAAGAUCAGCUGAAAAAGCGAAAGGGUCACUCGAAAAGUUCUGUUCCUGUUGUAAAAAGGAAAAAUGUACCCUCUAAGGAAAUGCACAAAGAGUGCUCCAUUUUGAAAUAUAUAACCGGAUUUAAUAAUUCGAAAAAUAUUCUCUUUAAAAGCAGCAAUACCGAUGGUGAGAAAAGGAAGGGAGACAUCCCACCAAAAGACGGCACAAUUAAAAAAAUAAAGGAAAGGAUAUCAUGUGUAAAAAAAAAUAAAAGUGUCAAAAAACGAAUUUUUUCCGAAAGUUCAACAAGCAUAUUGAGCUACUUUAAAAAUGUCGAUAUAAAUAACAAUGAAAAAGGGGAACCUCCCACCCAUUGUGGUACAGAUAAAAAUUCACAAAAUAGUUUAGGUGAUAAAACGUUAAGAGAUACUAAUAGCAAAUUCUAUGCACAUGCAAAUGGUGAGAAGAAUGCUGAUGUGCAUAAAGAUCUAUAUUACGGCGAAGAUAAUGUACACUCAGAAGAAUUCGGGAACCGAAAAAGGGUUAGGAGUGUAAAUUACGAAAACACAAUGUCAUGUCAAGGAAAUGUCCAAUAUGAAUAUGUUCAAAAGAAUGCCAAAUUCAAUUGUAACUACGAAGAAUAUUUACAAACCGCUUAUCUAUAUUGUAAGAAAUAUUUCCUGUAUCGUAAAAUGGAAUUCUUCAGCAAGUAUUUGUUUUACCGUCAUAAGAACAUAAAAAAUUUUAUUUUCCUAAUUGAAGCUUUAUUUUUGCGAAAAAAAUAUAUAGAUUUGUUGGAUAUGGUGCAGCGUUACAAGCGGUUGUGGAUAUUUUCUUACAAAGGCCUACGGACAAAGCGGGCACAGGAAAAAAGUAACAAUGUGCUGAAUAAAAUUGAAAGUGGGGAUAUAUCAACGAAGGGAAAUAAUUCUAAAUGUGGAAAAAAUUUGAAUAAAUUGAUUUCUCAUAAAUACAGAAAGAGUGCAUUUCUUAAGGGGUCUGUGCAGAAUGGCUCAACACCCCUUGCACAGGGAAUCAACGACGUGGAGCACAGUAACGUUUGCAAUAUUGAGCACAACCAAGUACACAAAUUUAAAAAAAGAAAAAAAAAAGAAAACACGCAUGCACACAAAAAGUGUAACACUGAAUUGCUUUCUAAACAUAAAUAUAGUAAUGAAAUAUAUAAUUCCACUGAAGGCAUCACAAGGGCGGGGAGGAAAACAUGCAAUAAAAUAUACUGCAUAUGCUAUGUCGCCUUUGUAAAAAUUAUGUCCCUCAUCAAAUUGCACAAUCAGAACUGCUUAAAUAAAUGCGUGAAUUUUAUACAAAAAAUAAGUAAAAAAUGUUUGCUAAAUAAGAAUGGUCAUUAUUUAACCCAUGCAGUUAUUCACUUGUACGAAUUAGCAGGUUUGUAUAAUUAUGCACUAAAAUAUUCAAUGUUGCUAUUCUUGAAGUGUCCUGUGUAUCCCGAAAUAAUUCUCAAGCUCUUUAGUUUUUCAAUACUAAGUUUAAAAGAUGAAAUUUAUUUAAUUUUACUAGCCAAGUAUUGUAAGAGUAUUUCCUGGAUCAAAUAUUUCCUCCUCUUCAUUGUGUACUCCGUGAAUUACCAGUUUCGUAAUAAAGAAACCGUUAGCAAGUUUCUCUUCCUCCUUGAUGGUGUAACAAAGAGGGGAAAAAACAUUGCCAAAACGGGGAAAACGAACAAUGUGCCCAGAAACAGUGACCACAACGAAAUGGGGGGGAAAAUGAAAAACAACAAGUGGAUUCAAAGUAGAAAAGUCUCUACGGAGCGGAUUUGCAAACUUACCUGUGACAGCGAAAGGAACGAUGUGGGUGAAAUUACCCAAGGGAGUGAAUACGGGAAGGGGGGGGAAAGAAAACAUGUUAACAUUGAAAAAUAUUUAAAAAAACACUCCAGUAAAAAGAACAUGUACAAACAUGACCCGAACAGUAAUGUGCACAUUUGCAGAAAAAUAACAUUGUACAACUCUUUAUAUAGCAAAGUAACAUUGUACGAUGUGUAUGUGUAUAUUGCGCAAAAUAAAUUUUCAGAGUAUUUUCCAAAAAUUUUCCUAUAUUCCAAAUUGCACAUAAUAAUAAAUAUCAAAAGAAGUUUUUAUGAACAAAAUUUUCCCAUCUGUUAUAGUUUAUGUAAACUGUUACUGAUGGAUCAUAUGUAUGACUCAUCAGUAGUAGCAUUUUUUGUUAAUUCUGCUUAUUUAUUAAAUAAAGUUAGCCCUAUAAAACGAUUGGCUCAAGAAUUAAAAACAAACAAUCAAAGAAUUUAUUUUCUUUUUUGUAAUGCAGCCUUGUUGUUACAUUUUAAGCAAGUCGAACGAUCUAUUCAAAUAUAUAAAUAUAUUGUGGAUUCCUAUCAGAACAUUUUUUCUGAUCUCUAUUUUUAUUCCUUGUUUAAUUUAAUAUAUGCUCUACAAUUAACACAAAAAGCGCAUCAAAUUGUUAUUUUUUGUAAAAAUUUAAAUAAGUUAUUUUUUAAUAAUAUACAUUCUUAUAUAUUACUAUCAUACUACUAUUUUGUAAAUGAUAUCCCCACCAAGUGUUACGCCUCCCUUAGCAGGGCUUAUCACAUAUAUCGAUAUCACCCUGAUACCUUUUACCUCCUUUCUUUACUCGCGCUACAAGCUAAGAGGUACGAAGAAUAUGGCGCCUUUAGCGAACUUGCUCUUUUUUUCAGUUUAAGGAACCGAAAUCUCAGGAACUAUGUUUUUUCCAGCAUUUAUGGAAAGCAACAUAAGCACGUUCCCUCUUAUUUGUUAUGCUACCAUUUGGAGAUAAUUGAUCCCGACAGAAGCACAACUGCGGACAUACUCAAUUUAAGCUCCCUCUUAAAUUACGUGUACUUUGAGGGGUUACUAAAAUCUUACAUUAUACUUCACUUUUGUUCGGCGAAAAGGUAUGCAAAAUGA